AUGGCGGCUGUCGUUGCAACAGCCGAUAUGACGAUUCGGAAGAAUUCCCAGAUUUUAGUAAAUGUGGAAGAAGCAUUAGCUGAUCUGAUUGUUGUUUCAUAUUGCAGUGAAGACAAAAAGUUUCAAGGUGUACUAUUAGACUCUAAUAAAGGUAAUUUACCGUUUGGAGUUUAUAGUCUGCAUCCAGCAUUUACUAAAGAAGGCGUAUCCACCGGUAAUCAAGAUGAUAAGCUACAUUCCGCCAGUCAAAGGUUCACAUAUCAAGAACCUCAAUACGCUAGUGACAAUAUUCAGAAGCCAAAAAAACCUGGUCCCAAGGGUAAAACGCAACAGAAACAAAAGAUGACGGUGCGUCUGCGACCCCGCAAGGUUUUAUGUUCCAACUGCAAAGGGAUCUGUAAUGAAAAUAGUGAAAAUGUGGACGUGUCUAAAAAGCGGAAACUAGAUUCGGAUGACGACGCCGCCCACGAUUCUGAGUCAUCUAAAGUAGAGAAGAAAUACCUGAUGGGCAGCAUGCUUAUACCCAAACUGUCCAGGCUACAGCCGAGUGAAAUAACGAGCGCAAUUAAAAGUACCCCAAAAAAUUCCAAUAAGGCUAGUGAUAAAUCAAUAAGUAAGGCAAAAAGUGAAAAAACUAGUGAGAAUGUUCGGGCAACACGUGAACUUGCCUUUGUUAGUGUAUCCGAAGGGGAUUUAUGUGAUAGAGCUGAUCAGAGAGAUGAAAGUGACAAUGAUAUUUCAUUUAGUUCAAUGUUUUCAAGUGCACGGACUCUUAAAAUAUGUUUCGGUGAAGGUGAGGGCACAGUUGUGAAGAUCCCACCCUUGUCAGGUGAUUACAAUGAGGAUUCUGGUGUUUCUUGUGAUAUAUCUAAACCACCCAAACCUGAUUUGAAGGCCGCAAAGAAAGCACUAAAGAAGGCAAAGAAACAAGCAAAAAAAAAUAACACCGUAGGCAGCAGUGAUGUAGAGGUGUGGACGGAACAGUCACCAAAGCAUAUUGGGGCACUGUCACCACGUAACAAUGUUUCAAAUCAUCCAACAGUUGAUCCGUUAGAAAAGAAACAUAAGCAUAAAGUGAAACAUAAAAAGAAGUGCAAGUCACAAAAGAAAAGAGACGAAAAUACAAGUAAAUGUGCAGACAUGGAUUCUAUUGAUUAUUUUAGUGAUAUAAAAGACAAUUGCCUCAAUCAGAAACUGUCUAUUAGUCUGAGGAGGUUGAGUAGAGACUCUUAUGAGAAGCAAAGUGAGCAGGAGGUAUUGGAGAGUGGAUCUGAGGAUUGGGAAAGUGAAGUGGUGCCAGAUUUCCCAAAGAAUAGUAUGGAAGGUGUCGGUGGGAGGAUGUUGCGGGUGUCCCCUGGGGAUAUAGUUUGGGGGAAGGUAGUUGGUUUCCCAUGGUGGCCGGGCCGAGUUCUUAGUGUUACUACAACAUCCAAGGCCCAUGUGGCAUGGUAUGCAUCAACUACAUCUUCACUGAUGCCAUGUGAUAGUUUGAGUCCAUUUUUAGAAGACUAUAAGAUACGCUUUAAUAAAAAAAAGAGGGGUCCAUACAAAGACGCUGUAAAGCAAGCUACAAGCGAGGCAAAGAGGAAUGAAUCUCUAUUAAGUGAUCCUCUGGCAAGUCCCACUCACGCUGCACUCACAAUGUCGCCGCGCCCCAUAGAUGUGUUCUCUUAAAUAUUAAUUAGUAGUUAGGGGCCAUAAAUAACAUCACACUUUAAGAGGGAACGGGUUGACAAAGUGUGACAUAGUGUAAUAAUGGGGUUGAAGGGGUCCUAAAUUACGUGCGUCACAUUUCAAUAUCGAUAAGUAUUAAAACACAAAAUUUGAACUGUUAGUAAAAAUAUGUAGUUCUAAUUUCGAAAUAAGUGACAUAAAAUUGGGAAAUGGGAGUUUCAUAAAUGUGACCAAUCGUGACAAGGAUGUUGGAAGGGAUCAAACAGUCACGAAAUAAGUGUGACGUUACUUAUGGUUGGCCCAUUGAGGUAUAUGUACAGUCGAAUUUAUUCAAAUUUAUGUGAUAUUAUAAGAACUUGAAGCAAGCACAAAUCUGGGGCUACACUAAUAGUCUCACAACUGUGUAAGAUUUUUGCACAACAGAUGGGGAAUUAGGUAAAUAUCAUACCAAUGUUCUAUAAUUGCAAAUUAACAUCUACAUAUCGACAUUAAUCUAUUAACAUAUUUCUCUAUUCACAUAAAAAUGCUUGUCCAUUACUGCCGUUUCUUCAAAACAACGCAAAUUUUUGUUACGAGUUUCACGGUCAUUUAAUUAUUAUUUUAUGGAAGGUUUGCAUUGCAAGAUUCUCGUUAUAUAUUUAGUCAAGAUAAUUAUAAAUGCGAUCGUUAUCUGAGUAUUGAUGGUUAGAUGGAUGGAUGUUUGUCACACUUUCAGAUUUCAGAAAAACUACUAAACGGAUUUUUAUUAAACUGUACAGUGAUAUAACAUAAACAUCAGAAUAACAUAGGCUAUAAAUUUUAUACAAGUGAAACUGCGAGCACAGCAAGUUACAAAAUAAUUGCAACGUCAAUGUACUGAUAACUGAAUAGUGAAAACAUCGAAAAUGAUUACUAAUGGUAAAACGAUUUCUAAAAUGCUAACAUACUAUUGCUAGAUGAUAAUUUAAUUUAUGCAUUCUAAUAUGUUAAUUUAUGACAAAGCAAAGUCAAAAGUCAACUUAAUGCACAUUCUCUAUUUACGUACAUAGAGGUGAUAAUUCUAAAAGUGGAUGUUUAUUUCAAACUUUUUAGAGCUCCGUAACAAAUCGACAAAUCGGAACAACUAAUAUUUCAUCGGGUCUACCUGUUCCUAUGACAAAUCAUUAAUCUUUAGUUCUCACUUUUAGUUUAAUGUUCGAGGUUUUUUUUGUAUAGUAUUCACCCCUAUUAGGGUAUUCAAGUUUACAAUGCAAAAUCUGAAAUCUUUUUUUUAAUAACUUUUCAAUGUUCAAUGUAAUUGACCUACGUAUCCGUCAGGCGGGAGUUGGUCUUCAACCGCUCCAUAAAUCCUUCCGCGGGUUUGGAGUGCUAUCUGCACUCACCCCUUAUCGUCCGGUGAAGUUGUAAAAUCCAGCUGCGGCCAACAGCAUUAGAGUACGCCGAAAAAAAAAAAUACGCGUUCUAAAGAGUUGGCACCUCCUCUAUGAGGAUUCAAUUACAAUUGAAUUGAUUGAACAGAAAUUUCUGUAACAACCUGCAAUGGUCCUUAAUAAAGGAGUUAUUAAGAACCAUUACAGAUUGUUACGUAGAUUUUCACAGGAAAAUUGUUUUAGACGUCGCGCUCGCAUACGCCUAUAAAACUUAAAAUUAAUAUAUGCAAACAAUUACUUAUAUACAUGUCGUGCAAUUACUCAUAUACAUUGGAAUUAUAGUUUUUUUUUUUUUUAAAUAGAAAUCAAAGAAUAGUUUCUUGAAAGUUGAGUUUUAAUAAAUAUUGACAAAUAAAAAAAAUAUGUUUAUUCACGUUGGUCCAAUUGCAUACACUUAUGAUAAGUCAAAUCUUCCGUCCGUUCUGAAAGUUCGAGACAAUAACUGACAAGAAACUGUGCUGUCGUUCAUUUCAAAUGUCAUACAUUAGGUUAAAUAAAUAAUUAUAUUAAUUUUCAUUAAAUAAAGGUAAUUCAAUCAGCUUAUAACGUCCAGGCUCCACAAGCAGCACUCAUUCUUGAGUAUACAUUAUUUGAAACAAAUGCAAAAAUCCGAACAGCUGUUACUGUAAAGAUGUAGCCACAGAUCAUUGUAUGUGUAGCAUAUUUAUAUAAAUCUAUGUGUUUAAAUAAAUGUGCACUAAUUUUCACUUGCACUGACAUUGAUAAACAUACAUUCUUAAAAUUUUACAAUAAUUAGUGUUACUAUAAGGAAUAAAUUGAUAUUUUCUGGGUGUUAAAGUUUAAGAACUCAUUAAGUACUUACGUAGUGUCAUGGAGGUCAAGGUUAUACAAAUACUACUGUAAUCUCCAUGUUUUUCUAUAACUGACUCCAGAUUGUUUAAAUACCAAAUACAAUAGUUUGUUGUUUUGAUCUGAACAAACAAACUAAUUAAUGACAUAUUCAAUUUUCAUAGAUUAAAAAAAGAAAUUUCAUCUACUGAAUUAAACUAUACGUAGAUUAAAAAAACACUUAAAUUUGAUAAUAGCCAUUUAUGUUCUUAAUAUCAGACGUAUACUGUGAAAUCACAUAUAUUAUUUUAAUUAUCAAAUAUCAAAAUGGAGUUUUCACUUGAUUCAUUUAAAGUCGGUAUUUCAACACUUAUUACAAUAACAAAUACGAUAUGAAGCAUAUUUAAGUUACUCAAAAAGGAUCAACUUUUUCAUUAAUUUAUUUAUGCAUUUCAUUUGCUGUGUAAUAAAUUUUAGGUUCAGGGUCCACUUUGAAAUUCAUAUUAUAAUAUUAUCCCAACAAAUUGUAUAUUUUUUAAAUUAACUAAAUUUGUUAUUGUACUUAUUUCAUACAUAUGUCAAACUGUGAAUAAGCUAUAUAAUGUUAAACAUAAUGUUUUAUGUUCAUUCCUUUUAUGCUAAAGUCCCAUGGCGUGGCUUUAGGACGGGUCGACUGAUAAACACCGACCCACAAUAUAACAGACACUGCAAUCAGCCCCACCGAUCAAUUCCCUGUCCAGGUCAAACGGGGAUCGACAUUACGACGGCCUGAGCCGAGGUUCAAACUCCUAGCAGUGGUCUAAGAUUAAAUGCGUGUCCGUCUGGUAGGAAUUGGCCUUCAGUCGCUACAAGUCCUUCCGCGGAUUUGGAGUGCCAUCUGUGAGAGAGAAGAGAGUGAGAAGCUGUAAAGAUACUGCGAUCGGUCGAGUCUACAAUCAUAAUGGAUUUCGUCAUGGUGCAACUUACUUCCUGUCCUCUAUUUUUCAUUUAGUUCCCGAUAUUUCUGCAGUAUUUCAACCGCUAUAUUCAAGGUUAGAUGUAAAUAAAAUGUGUUAUGUUUAGACAUAUUCAUCUACUUUCACACGCCUUCGUUUGUUGCUACUAUUGUAACUAGCUCGAUAUUUAUCUCGGCAAACUAUACUAACAGUAUCUUCACGUACACUCAACAUAUUUUCUGAUCGCGAUUUUUGAUUUUGUUAAAUUAACUAUGUCUAUAUGUAUGGUCUUCGCUACAAUUUCGAAGUUCACCUAGAUGUCUUCAGCUUGAGUAUCACAAAUUCGUCAGAGCGCAACUCCCAAAAAUGUUAGUGAAAAAUUAACUUAAGUUUUAAAAAUAAUAAGGUUCAAAUUGAAUAAUAUCAUUCCACCACACGCACGGCCCGCCUAAAAUUGUUUCUGUGGGGCCUUAGCUUUUUGUAUUAUACUGUAUACAUAUAUCUUUCUCUUGAUUUUGAACCUCUUUUAUAUUUAUACAUUUACCUACUUAUGUAUCCUGUAUAUCGCACGCUUAAAAAUUUACGUUAAAUAAAAUAAAUGUUUUUGGAAAAUCAACUUUAUAUUUUUGAAUUGUUAAGUCCAUUUUCCAAAGGAUUUUAGUUCAUGCAUAGUAUUAUUAACCUUGCGAUAUAUCUUGUAUAUAAUUUUAUAUAUAACAAUUAUUGAUGGAUACUCUAUCUCAAAUAUUUUUUAAUAAAAUAUAUUUUUUUAUGAUUCAAAGUCAAGAGAAUGAAAUUAUUAUACUUAUUUUGUUGUUUAUUUUUAAGUACUUCAAUUUAAAUGAGUUACAUUUAUAUGUUUUUUGGUUUUGGUUACUGUACACAAAGUUACAUUGAACCGAAAGUAACUAAACAUCUCUCACGUGUCAUAGACAAAUAAAUAAAUGUUUAUUUUGUAAAAUCCAUAAAUUGUAAUUUUUAUUGUUACUAAAUAUUUGUUAAGUUUAUAUCAUCAAAAUAAAACGUGUAAAUUAAUAAAAAAAUUACUCAUGUAUUAUGUUAGGUUUUAAUGGCACUUGAAUAAGUUUAUUGUCUGUAAAAAAAACGCCAUCACACUCACAAGCAUUUAGUAUAAAAAAUAUUACAGUACUCUUCAAGUAAUGUUAAGAAGUAUGCUCUAAAAAUAUUAUCUUAGUGGAUCAUCGUCUUUAUUUAGAAGUGCAAUUUAUAUAAUAUUCUAUUUCUGUCUCAUAUACAGGUGAUUUUUUUAUAAGCAAAUUAUUUAUUUAUUGUCUGCGUACCGUUAGAAAAACUCGAGUAAAUAUACAGUUUAUUUAAUUAUAUACUUGUAUAUAGUAAUACUGUGAUAACAGCUACGUGUUUUAUUCACUACUUCAAUUAGGUAGCUGUAUAUUGUACCGAUUUACAUAGUUUGUAAGGACGAAUACAUCACAAUUACAACAUGAGGUCGAUUCUGAAGUCACAUUCUUACACUUGUAACCAAAAACAUCAAAACUGUAACUACUGAACAUGUAAAGACAGUUGAAAUGAUAACUUAAGGAGUGUACAAAAUAAGACUUCAAAACCGACCGCAUGAAUUAAGAAUAAAAUAAAUACAGACAUCUACUUUAUUUAUGUUAUUCUGUUAUACACAUCCUGUAUUUCGAUUAACGAAUUUUUAAGUGCAUUUUAUUGUCCUAUUAGAAGCAACAAGCAUAAUUAUUUUUGUGAGAUCACAUCAUUACAGACUAGUAUAAAUAAGUAUUUAUUUAUUACAAUAUCAGCAUAGAUUAGGUUACAAGGACUAAAUGCACUAACAGUAUAUAUAAUGUACUCUUUUCUUAAUUAUAUAACUGACGAAGGAAUAACAACCUUAAUAUAUAUAAUUUUAAAGUCCAUAUUGGUAUUAUAAAUACGAAAGUGUGUUAAUCUGUUACAUUUUUACGAUUAAACGGCAAAACCGAUCUAAAUGAUAUUUAAUAAUAAUACACAUUUAUUUAGAAAUUAUUAUUAACAUUAACAUGCAUUACAUGGAGUAAUUAAAUUGGCAGCAUGUAUGCAUGUACACACGUACAUAUACAUAUACACAGUCACAUCAACAUAGCCCCCUCCGAUCGAUCCUGUGUACG